AUGUCGAGCACAGUUACGCCUUCUGUGCGCGCUGUCAGCUGGAAUGUGAUAUUUACUGCAGGACAAAACGCGCGCGGCUUUGCCGGCAUUUACCAGGUGGAAGGAAGUGACUUGGUCACGUUUCGUGACGUUUGCGACGAGCUGCGUCUAUGCUUCGACAUCGAGGACACGGCCUGGGCCAAUAUCGCAUUUUUUCUGACGGAGCCUACUGAUGUUAAAUACUCCUCUCCCGUGCCGCUUUUCGUAGGGAGCCAAGAUUUCGACCAACCAGUACCGAGCCUCCCAGGUCGCAGUCCGCAGAUACGAAACGUCAUCAGCUACCACGUUGUUCACCACAAAGACUGCCAGCUGCCCAGCGACGCACCGCUCCAGGCCCACCUACAAGCAAAAUGCGCCCAGCGACUACCGAUCCCGGUGCGCCGCCGUGAACCUCGAUACUUACCGGUGGACAAGGCCUCCUCCGACCCGAGAAUCGCAGUCAGGCCCCUCAGACGGGUGGUUGAAGCCCGCUCUCAGUCACCGCCGUCGCGAUACACAUCCGGCUCUGCUUCACCGAUUACAGACAGCUGGGAGCAAGCCGAGGACGAGGAACUGGGCAAAAAAAUGCUCGUGCCGGCUGGCAUGGCCCUAGAUCUUGACCAGGCUAGGAGGGUCGCGAGCGAGUUUAGGUCUUCCUGUCUGAACACGGCAAACUGCUGUGCCGUCUCUGGCGAAGGAGAGGCAUGGUGCUUUGGUCAGAUUAUAGGCCCGGGUCUCCAGGUCUGCCAUAUUGUACCGCAGCAGCACUACCACCUCUACCCCAGCGCCAACGGGACAGCCGUCCAUGAGCACGGACCCGUCGAAAACAGUCCGCGUCGGCUUCAGGAAGCCUGGGAAAACACAUGGGACCCGGGCAAUGGCAUCCUCUUGAUGAAGCAUCUUGGCGAGUUCUUUGACGCGCGACUGUUCUCUAUCCACCCGCUUACGCUGCGUAUUCGCGUGUUUGUGCCCUAUAACGCUCUAACCAGAUUCAACGGCCAGAGGGCCAACGUCCCUGAAACGGUCGAUCUCGAGGCCCUCCGUUUUCAUUACGAGAUGGCUUGCAUCGAGAACAUGGCGGCUAAGAAACCAGACUUGCAUUUCGCGCCUGUCAGCGCCAGCGGAGUAAUGCCGGGGUUCGAAUGUGCAGAGACACCGCUGGGGACAAUUGAAGGGCAUAAACGUCGGCGACUGAACGACGAUCAGGUUGGCAUUGUGUCCUCUUCACAUUCUUCACGUGGCCAGUGGUCGCGAGACGUGGUGGACAGUUAUGUGACGCCGUAUAAUAGCCGCGAGUUCUUGGCAGAUGUGAACUGGGAGCUACCAACCACGCCGGAUGGGGCGGCCAAGCCCGAGGCGUGCUACACUGCCGCGCGCAAUGUAACCCGCGACAAGUACGACAUUACCACAUGCUUGCUUCUUGAACAAGUCUCGAGGCAUUUCCAAAUCGGCAUUGGCACACUAGCAUCGCCUCGAUCGUGCGGCGGCGAGCUCGGACGAAGUGGCGGCACUAAUACAGCGCAAGCUUGCCGCUUACAGUGCAUGACGGGCGUCGUCUGA